GGGAUUCCGAAGGAUUACCCGUCAUGCCCCGCGGGUAAAGAUGGCGACAGCUGAGCAGGGCAGCAGAUGAACUUUAUCCGAGCGGCUCUGACUGGAUUUUCUCCCGGCGCUCGGAGCGUCUCGGCCGGCCUCCUCUCCUUCCUCCGACCGCUCCGGAGCCCCGGAGCCUCUCUCUCUCUCCCACCGGACGGCAGCGCUUGUUCCCCGGCCUCGGAUCGGUCUGGAACCCCGCUCCCUCCCUCCGGAGGAUCCCCGGCUAAAGUUUCCUCUUCUCUCCGCCCUCCGGGACUUGUUGUGUAGAGAUAACCCGGACCGAGCCGUGCUAACCGGCCCCACAGUCACAGGAGGAAGAAGACGGACGCAGCUGAGAAGAAGAUGAAGAGUUUUCUGUGCUGAUGUACGAGGACUGACGCAGCGACAGGAAGGAAGGAAUCAGCUCCCAGGAUGACGAGCGCGGCCCCGGCCAGGAAGCCGUACCGCAAGGCGCCGCCGCAGCACCGAGAGACCCGUCACGGCCUGCCCGCCGCUCCGCCUCCGCCCGACACCAACCAGGAGGCGUUGUCGGACUCGGAGCGGAUCAGAAUGCUGCAGCAGCAGAACGAGGACCUGCAGCGCCGCCUGGCUCUCUCCACCCACAAGAUGGAGGCGGCGGAGGCGGAGUUUGACGGCGGCCGCCGCUACAUGGAGGCGGAGCUUAGCCGCACGCGAGACGACCUCGACAAGAUGAGGGACAAGUUCCGCAGACUCCAGAACAGCUACACGGCGUCUCAGAGAGCCAAUCAGGAUCUGGAGGAGAAGCUCCACGCUCUGGCGGCCGUCAGUCAGACUUGGGUUCAUGCACUACGGAAGGUGGAGAGGGACAAGAAGACGAUGGACCAGGAGAUCGUCGAGCUCACCAACAAACUGCUGGACGCCAAGAACACGGUCGACCGCCUGGAGGAACUCAACGAGCGUUACCGGCAGGACUGUAACCUCGCCGUCCAGCUGCUGAAAUGCAACAAGUCCCACUUCAGGAACCACAAGUUCGCUGACCUUCCCUAUGAGCUGCAGGACAUGCUGAAUAAACACAUGAAGAGCAGCCUGCCUGAGCGCGGAGGCUCCGCCCCCGGCGGUCAGGAUCCCGACACGCUGAGCCUGACGCCGGCCGACGUGGUCCCGACCUCGGUGAUCGCCCGCGUCCUGGAGAAACCGGAGCCGCUGCUGCUGAACUCGGCCCAGUCCAGCAGCUGCAGCCGGCCCGUCGCCGAGGACGUCUUCGUGCACGUGGACAUGACGGGCGCCGAGCUGCGCGGGCGCCAGAACGGCGGGCGGGAGGCGGCUCAGCAGAACGGAUCCUGCCGCAGUCAGAGCAGUCUGGACGCUGUGCUGGACGGGCAGUCAGGCGGCGAGGAGUCGGCCGCGGCUCCGUCCUUCGAGAAGCUGAACCCGUACCCGGCGCCCCCGCCCCCCCACCCACUCUACCCGGGCCGCAAGGUCAUCGAGUUCUCCUCGGACGACAAAGUCAAGAUCCCCAAGAACUCGCCGCUGCCCAACUGCACUUACGCCACGCGGCAGGCCAUCUCCCUGAGCCUGGUGCAGAGCGAAGACCCGGCGCCCGCUAGCCCCGCCCCCUCCUCUUCCUCUGGGGGGGGGCGCCAGCGCACGCCGCUGUCACAGCGGGACGCGGCCAGCGAGCCGCUGUCCAACCAGUCGAGCCCGUUCAGCAGCCCCCCACAGGCGGCGAGCUCGGAGGAGGACCUGCUCGCCAACUGGCAGCGGAUGUUUGUGGAGAAGAUGGCUCCGGCGUGCGACGGCUCCGCGCUGCACCGCACGGCGUUCGGCAGCCAGACGGCCGCGGAGCUACAGAGGAGGCGUGCGGCGCCUGGGGGCGGGGCUUCCUGCUCGUCUUCCGACCGCCAGCGCACGGCGUACUCUGACGGCGAGGACGGCUCGUCGGCACGCAGCUGGACGCCAAGCCGCGGCUCCAGCCUGGACACGGACACCGACACAGAGCCGCGCGGCCGCCGCAACACCACAGAGAAGCUGCUGAUGAGCCUGGAGGACGCCACGGCCGACACGGCGAGCCCCGGUGGCGCCUGCGGGACCCAGGAGGAAGGAGAAGAGGAAGAGGAGGAGGAAGAGAGCUCGGCGGAGGAGAGAGACGUCCUCCCUCACGAGCUGCCCGUCAUCUCGCCACGCCUCCUGGACCUUGACCCCGCCCUCGGCACCGUUGCCCCCCCACUGCGUCCACAGAAGAGCCCGAAGAGGAUGGGCGUCCACCACCUGCUCCGCAAAGACAGCCUGACCCGAGCCCAGGAGCAAGGCACGCUGCUCGACUGACACAGGAGACAGCCAUGAUCCGUGUGUGUGUGUGUGUUUGUGUAUGUGUGUGUGUGUGUGUGUACCUUUUUGUAUUUUGGGAAAUCUUUCACUUAAAAUCUAAUCAAAAUUAAUCCAAAUUUUUCUAAAUCUUCCACCAACCAAACUCUGUACAAUUUUCUAAGUAUUUAAAGAAAUAAAUCACAACUCAUUUUCCAGCUGUUAGAUAAAAGUAAU